AUGCUCGUGUUCACGCUGCGGCCGGACCCCGGGCCGGGCCUCUACACGCUCGGCAGCUUCGGCCCCUGGGCCAUGGGCGGACUGUUGCUGCUGUUCACGACCUGGCGGGCACGCGAGGCGCUGGCCAUCUCGCUCGGACUGCUCUUCGUCAUGCUGGCGCCGCCCACGGCGGUGCUGGCCGACCGCAAUGGCGACCGCCCGGCAGCGCGUGCGGCGCUGACCCAGGUCACCGCCCUGCUGGAUCCGGUGCCGUUGGACUUCAUCAAGUACCGGCCGCAGAUCCUGCUGCUCAAUGGCCUGAGUCACUUCGCACUCGACGAGGGCGAGAAGGCCCGACCGCUGCUCGAGUCCUUCGUCCGCGCGCAGCCGAUGACGCCGGUCAGCAAGAUCCUCGCGCAGCUCUACCUGAAGGCGAACGACCCUGAUCGCGCGAUCGCCGUGCUGGAAGCCUAUCUGCGCGGCACCCCCGGGGACAGCAAGGCCCUCGUGCAGCUGGCGACCGCGCAGAUGGCCAAGGGCCGGCCGGCGCGCGCCACGCAACUCAUGCAGGACGCACUGCGUGCCCGCGACGUGCCCGAGCUGCGCACGGUGCUCGGUGUGAGCCUGCUGCAAAGCGGCGACGGCAGCGGCGCGCGCAGCGAACUGGAAGCGUCCUUCAAGAAGGACCCGAAGCAGCUGCAGGCCGGCAUGGGCCUGAUGGCGCUUUACCUGCGCGAGCGCGAGCCCGCCAAGGCGGCCAACGUGGCCAACCAGCUGCUGCGCACGCAGCCCAACAAUGCGGCACUGCUCAACAUUGCCGGCGUCGCCAAGGCCGAGUCCGGCGACUUCGGCGGCGCGCGCCGCUCCUUCGAGCAUGCGCUGGCGCUCGACAAGUCGCUGACGGCCGCCCAGCUGGGCCUGGCCCGGGUCGACAUCGCCACCGGCGCCCUGCAUGCCGCCGAGGUCCGUCUGAAGGCACUUCAAAAGGCGGAUGAACGCAACCCGGAGGUGCUGUACGACCUGGCGGUGCUGGCGAUGCGCAAAGGCCAGACCGACGAGGCCCUGGCCCUGCUGCGUCGCUCGGCCGAUGUGUCGCCCAAGGGCGACAGCCGGGCGCAGGAAGCGAUCAUCGAGUACCAGCUGAAGCAGGGUCGCGGCGUUCAGGCACUGGACGCCGCCAAGGUGCUGCUGGCCUUGGCGCCGGACGACGUCAACUACCUGACGCUGUAUGCCCGCGCCCAGCUCGCCAGCGGCGAUGCCGGGGGCGCCAAGCAGACCUUGACCAAUGCCACACGCCGUGCCGGCUACAGCACCUUCGCGCUGACGUCCCUGGCCCGGUUGCAGCUCGCCGCCAAUGACCUCGAUGGCGCGGCCUACACGCUGGAGAAGGUGCUCGCGGCCGAUCCGCAAUUCCUCGCGGCCCAGGCGCUGCUGGCCAACAUCGAGACGCGCAAGGGCGAGUUCGCCAAGGCGGAGACCCGCAUCCGCCGCAUCAUCAGCCAGUACCCCAAGCUGGGCACCGGCCACGGCCUGCUGGGCGACCUGGCCAGCGCCCGCCGCCAGCCCGCCGCGGCCAUCGACGCCUACCGCCAGGCCCACAAGGUCGAGCCGAGCGUCGGCACCGCGUUGGCGUUGAUCAACUCGCUGGGCGCCCAGGGCCAGGUGCAGGAAGCGCGCAAUGUCGCCGACGCCUGGCUGAAGGCCAACCCGGCGGACGGUCAGAUCCAGCGCUCGCUUGCGAACCUGCUGGCCCGCACGGGUGACUUCGCACGAGCCAAGGUGGCCUACGAGGCCGUGCUCAAGCAGACACCGGACGAUGUCGAGGCGCUGAACAACCUCGCCAACGUGCACCUGCGCCUCAAGGACACCCGCAGCGCCAUCGCGACGGCCGAGCAGGCAGUCGCCAAGGCGCCGGCCAAUCCGCUGGUCAUCGACACCCUGGGCUGGGCGCUCUUCGAGGGCGGCCAGACCGAUGCCGCGCUGGCCAAGCUGCGCGACGCCCGGCUGCGGGCGCCGUCCAACCCGGACAUUCGCUAUCACCUGGCCGCCGUGCUGGCCAAGCAGGGCAAGGUCGCCGAGGCGCGCGAGGAACUCACCACGGCCCUGAGGGACUUCCCGCAGUUCGAGUCGCAAUCUGCGGCAAAAGCCCUGCUGGCCACACUCAAGUGA